AAAAACGGAGGUGAAAUAACUCUUCAAGAGCAACAUACAGAACUUAGCUGAAAUCAGUCACUUAGCUAGAACAGUCACCCAAUACCGGACCGUAAUAUAUUUCAAGUUAUGGGUCAAAUGGAAUAUUCCACCGUUUACUACUGUACUAUGAUUUUUAUCACUUUAAAUAAUAGACAUUCGGAUAAAACAUACACUAGGUGUGUGAAUUACACAGAAUAAAUACACUUUCUGUUUAGGCUCCAAUACUUCCAAUACGGUCAUUUUGAGGAUAAAACUUGGCAACAACUCCUCCAGCGAAUGGUUCCGUCCUGUUGCGUUGUGAAGUGAACACUUCCUUGUUUUCGGAACCGCACUGACUCUGUCAAACCGAGAUGUUCGCAGUUGUUACAAGGAUAAGAUGUAACAUAGCGGAGUUUAACAGAAACAUUUUAUUUUCUACAAAACUAUUGACUGCUGAACAGGGACGAAUGGAUAGCGAGAGGAAUGAAAACAAGUCGAUACACUCGGACAGCAUUGAAGAAGUCCAUAACGUGCCCAUGAAGGUUAUUAUCCGACCCAUUCCGCCGGUUCUGGAUGAGGAGAAAGUGCAGAGUCUGAUGCAUAAGAUAAAGGAACCUAAGACGGUGCACUGCGUCCCUCCGAUUGAUGUGCUGUGGAUUAAGGGCCGAAGAGGAGGCGACUACUUCUAUUCAUUCGGGGGCUGCCAUAGGUUUGCAGCCUAUCAGCGAUUAAACAUGGAGACUAUACCGGCGAAAAUUGUCAAAUCAACCAUUACAGACUUACGUACUUACUUAGGGGCCUCGACCCCUGAUCUGCAGUGAUUCUAGGACCUGCUACAGACUGGGCUGAGCUUCGUUUCAGUCUUACUGUAUAUCUACAGUACAUAAAGUGGGAGAAUGAGCUGCACAGGUUAAUUCCACUCCAUCUUCAAUUAAUCCACUUGGACAAAGGUAAUACAGACAGAAUUACCAGACCGCGUGGACGUACCGAACACAGAAGAUUCUCCAAAAAUCAGAGGGACUCUAUUCCAGUCAGGUGUGCCGUCAUGCUGUGAAGCACUGGCAAGCCAGCCUAAUGAAUCUAAAUCUUGGUUUUAGCGUUUCCUAAUCUCAGGACUGUGUAUUUCAGCACAGGGCAUGGUAGGAAAUAGAUGUGUAGAGUAAAAUGUAUGCACCACCACUUCCAAAAUAAACAGGGACAAUGGGACAUGCAGUGGAAGAUCUCUACAAGAUAUGUCUUUUGAUUUAUGGGACUUGAGCACACUAAUAAGAGAAGGAUCUGAGUGGUGAAAUGGAAACGGUGUAUUUUUGAACGGCAGCCAUGCAUUCUGUGUGCUAAUUUGCUGGCUGAAUGUCAGAGAAGCAUCGUGUGGAAACAGCUGCACAGAACAGGAAAGAGACAACAAAAGAGGCCAGGAACCUCUCUGAUUGAGGUCAGAGGCACAGAGCACUAGCCGCCCGCUGGUGCUGCUGCUCAACACGUCAGAUUCUAUAUUUAUUGUCACCCCUUUAUUUAAGGAAGACCCGUAGUAUUGUUUGCUAGCAUGGGACUUUGGAAUUCCGUGCAAGGCUAUGUUUAGAUCACAUCCAGGUAUUGGUUUGGGGCCGAAGCCUGUAUUAAAAUGACAGGCUUCCAUUAAUUAAGAAGCACAAGAUCUUCUUUGGGUUUCCUUUCGUUUGUUUUUUUCCCCAUGCGUGUCACGGUAUACUGUAACUGCAGAAUUAUUAUUAUUAAUUAAACGUACUGCAAUCAGAAAGUGCAAAAAAGCUGACAUUAAACCUCUGUGCAGGGAAACGUUUUCAAGUUUUACUGAAUGUGCAUGAUAAGGGGCAGCCCACAGUACUCUGCAGUUAAAGGAACACACAAUGUUGAAUGUGUGAUGAGGUCGCCACAAACUGAUUUUUGCCAUGCCAUGCCAUUCAUAUAAAUUCAUCUUUUGACUUUUACCUUUGAACAGUAUUAAACUGGGGGUUGCCAAAGAAAAUUGCAGCUGCCAAAGGAAUAUUUUAGUGGACAGGACAAUGUUGUAUUGAUUUCUCUCAGUCAUUGUAGUGAUUAAAAGUGAUUAAAUACUAAGUGCUGAAGUGUUAACUAAUAAAUGCAGAGAAUAUACUGACCAGCAGA